AUGUGUGGAAAGAUUUUCACCAGUAAGGCAUACCUUACUGUCCACCAGAGAAGACACACAGAUGAGAAACCUUUUGAAUGUAACACGUGUGAAAUGUCUUUUACCUCGAAGUCAAACCUUACUCUUCACCAAAGAACACACACAGGAAAGAAACCUUAUGAAUGUAACCUGUGUGGACAGUCUUUCACCUGGAAGUCAAACCUCACUAUCCACCAGAGAACACACACAGCAAAGAAUCUUUAUGAAUGUAACGUGUGUGGAAAGUCUUUUGCCAAGAAGGCAUAUUCUCACCUUACUAUCCACCGGAGAACACACACAGGAAAGAAACCUUAUGAAUGUAACAGGUGUGGAAAGUCUUUCACCCAGAAGUCAACACUCACUGUCCAUCAGAGAAGACACACAGGAAAGAAACCUUAUGAAUGUAACAUGUGUGGAAAGUCUUUCACCCAGAAGUCACCACUUACUGUCCACCAGAGAAGACACACAGGCGAGAAACCUUAUGAAUGUAAUGUGUGUGGAAAUUCUUUCACCCAGAAGCUACACUUAACUGUCCCCCAGAGAACACACAUUGGAGAGAAACCUUAUGAAUGUAACAUGUGUGGAAAGUCUUUCACCAAGAAGUCAAACCUCACUGUCCACCCGAGAACACACACAGGAAAGAAACCUUAUGAAUGUAGCUUGUGUUGAAAGUCUUUCACCCAGAAGUCAACUCUCACUGUCCAUCAGAGUAUACACACAGGAAAGAAACCUUAUGAAUAUAACGUGUGUGGAAAGUCUUUCACCCAGAAUUCAAACCUUACUGUCCACCAGAGAAAGCACACAGGAAAGAAACUUAUGAAUGUAACGUGUGUGGAAAGUCUUUCACCCAGAAUAUACACUUUACUUGAUUCCAGUGGUUGCUCUGAUCCGCCACCAUACAGGGCCUGUGGAUUAUUGAGAACCUGUGAAUUUCACAUCUUGUCCUCUGUUCUGGUGGUGGAAGUCUCCCAAUAUGCACUGUGGGACUGGGCUCAGAGGAAUGACGUGAUCAGUGGGACCUUGUUGGCCCCCAUGUUUGUCAGCCUGUUUGGACAAGCUCACCCUGACAUCUGCAACUGGCUGCUGCUGAGGCCUAUUUCGACUAAUGCCUCUCUUCAUCCCAUACCUCUGUUUCAGAGACCUGUCCUGUUUCAUGGUUUUGUUCAGGCUGAUAGACACUUGCUCAAUUUACAAAAUAAAAAGAAGGACAUGUUGCAGACCCGGAGGUGCCAGAGCUGGCAAGGUGUGAGCAAAAGCUCCACAAGCACGGACUGCAACCUUCAGGGCUAUGAGUACUUGCCCUUUUCAUAG